CCCCUAAGCACCACCCACACCGGAGCCCACCGAUCACGCCCCUCCUCCCCGUGGACAAGCUUCGGUCCCUCCUGGCCCCGCCCACUCCGCGGCUCGCUGGCAACCAGCCCAGGGGAGGCGCGGAGGCUUGGGCGGGCUUCGGCGAGACCCGGCUUCAGAGGCGCUCGAUUGGGGUCUGGGUUGUGGGCGCGGGCGCCAUCAGAGUCAGGUUCGGGGCCAUGCAGCCGAGGGCUCCGAGCGCAGUGUGCCAGGCGGGUGGCGGGGAGGUCAUGGCGGAGCCCGCGGCGAGACACCUGUCGCUGCCCUCCGGGGUGCUGGAGUUGUGCGCGCUCCUAGGCGCCUCUCAGGACAGCCUACGCGGCUUGGAGCAGAUUGUCCAGAAACGAGGAGUGAAUAGCAACUCUUCCCUUGUCCCCGAAGUUCUGUCGGUUUUCGUACCUCCUUUCACCACAAAAGAGGACGGCCAGGUGACUGGGGCCAGCUGUACCCUCAGCAAAGCCAGGAGGCGUUCCUUCCGGAAGAAGCGCGAGAAGCCCAGGAUGGAAGCCUGGAGGAGCCACCCUGGAGACUCAAAGGGGCCUGAUUCUGAGGAUGUCACCAUCCCAGGUGGCGUGGACCUCCUCGCCCUGCCCCAGCUGUGUUUCCCAGGGGGUGUGUGUGUGGCUUCUGAACCAAAAGAGGAUUACGUCCAUUUCCUGGUGCUCACGGACGUCUGCGGGAACAGAACCUAUGGCGUGGUUGCCCAGUACUACCGACCCCUGCAUGACCCAUCUACAUGGGUUGGAAGGGCAGAGCUGGUGGAGACCCUUCCUUACAUGUUUCUCGUAAGAGGUGCCUGUACCGUCAGCACAGGAGGUGACGAGUCCCUGUCGCUCUUUGUCCAGGAUGAAUAUUGUUUCUACAAUGGCAAGACCCACUGGGAGCCCACUGUGAGCUCAGCCGGACGCUUUGUGCCCUUUGCAGUGUGUGUGGUGUCCCGGUUCCCAUACUACAACUCCCUCAAGGACUGCCUCUCCUGUUUAUUGACUCAUCUGAAGCUCUGUAGAGACUUUGAAGUUGACAAUCACAUAAAAGAUUUUGCUGCAAGACUGUCGUUAAUUCCUAGUCCACCACCUGGCCCGCUCCACUUGAUAUUUAACAUGAAGCCGCUGCAGGUUGUGUUCCCCUCUCGAGCGGACCCCGAGAGCCCCGUCAUCGACUUGGACCUUCACCUGCCGCUGCUGUGCUUCCGGCCUGAGAAGGUGUUGCAGAUCCUGACCUGCAUCUUGACAGAACAGCGCAUCGUGUUCUUCUCCUCGGACUGGGCCCUGCUGACGCUCAUUGCCGAGUGCUUCCUGGCCUACCUGCACCCCCUGCAGUGGCAGCACACCUUCGUGCCCAUCCUGUCUGGCCAAAUGCUGGACUUCGUCAUGGCUCCCACCUCUUUCCUCAUGGGCUGCCAUCUCGACCACUUUGAGGAAGUCAGAAAGGAAGCUGAUGGUUUGGUCCUGAUAGACAUUGACCAUGGGACGGUCACCUGCUCCAAGUCCUCUGACAACGACAUGGACAUCCCCGAUGUCCCCCUUCUGCUGGCACAGACCUUCAUUCAGAGAGUCCAGAGCCUCCAGCUGCACCCGGAUCUGCACCUUGCCCACCUGAGCUCCAGCACUGACCUGAAUGAGGGCCGCGCCCGCCGCCGAGCCUGGCAGCAGACGCUCAACUGCAAGAUUCAGCACAUCGCCCUCCAGCUGCUCGUUGGCAUCUUCAGGGAAGUGAAGAAUCACUUGAACUAUGAGCACCGAGUCUUCAACAGUGAAGAGUUUCUCAAGACGCGAGCGGCAGGGGACCAGCGGUUUUAUAAGCAGGCCUUGGAUACCUACAUGUUUCACUCCUUCCUGAAGGCCCGGCUCAACGGUAGGAUGGACGCCUUUGCUCGGAUGGACCUCGACACCCAGUCCGAGGAGGACAGGAUAGACGGGAUGCUUUUAAGUCCAAGGAGACCCACUGUGGAGAAGAUGGCCUCCAGGAAGGCCUCGCCCCUGCACCUCACGCACAGGCGCAUGGUCGUCAGCAUGCCCAAUCUGCAGGACAUCUCCCUACCCGAGCUGCCACCCAGGAACUCGUCGCUUAGGAUAAUGGACACCUCAAGCUGCAAAAGCAGCAGUCCAGUUCUCAAAGUGACCCCUAAGUUGACAUAUACAUUCAAGAUCCCCGAGAUCCACUUCCCGCUGGUGACCCAGUGUGUUCAGGCGUACUACACGGACCUCGUCACUCUCCUGAGCAAGGCCAUGAGCUUGCUGGGCCCUGGUGACUCUCUGCUCCUAGCGAGGUACUUCUACCUGCGUGGUCUUAUCCAUCUGAUGCAGGGCCAACUGCUGAGCGCCCUCUUGGAUUUCCAGAACCUGUAUAAGACCGACAUAGGCAUCUUCCCAGCUGACCUUGUUAAGAGCAUGGUGGCGUCCAUGUCAGCCUCCGAGCGGGCCCAGGCCGAGCGGACACCUGAACUCAGGCGGCUCAUCACAGAGGUCCUGGAUAAGCCCGGGGAGGCCCCCAAGGCGGAUGAUGCUGUGAAGAACUUUGAACUGCCCAAGAAGCACAUGCAAUUGAAUGACUUUGUGAAGCGGGUCCAGGAGUCAGGGAUCGUGAAGGACACCGUCAUCAUCCACCGCCUGUUUGAUGCACUGACUGUGGGACAUGAGAAACAGAUCGACCCCGAAACCUUCAGAGAUUUCUACACAUGCUGGAAGGAGACAGAAGCAGAGGCGCAGGAGGUCAGCCUGCCUGCGCUGCUGAUGGAACAUCUGGAUAAGAACGAGUGCGUGUACAAGCUGUCGAGCUCUGUGAAGACCAAUCGUGGUGUCGGCAAGAUUGCCAUGACCCAGAAACGCCUGUUCCUGCUCCCCGAGGGGCGGCCGGGCUAUGUGGAGAUCGCCACCUUCAGGAACAUAGAGGAAGUCAAAAACACCACAGCAGCAUUUCUCCUCCUGAGGAUACCCACCUUAAAGAUCAAGACGGUAGCCAAGAAGGAAACCUUCGAGGCCAACCUCAAGUCUGAGUGUGACCUCUGGCACCUGAUGGUGAAGGAGAUGUGGGCUGGGAAGAAGCUGGCAGAUGACCACAAGGACCCACAGUAUGUCCAGCAAGCACUGACCAACGUCUUGCUUAUGGAUGCCGUGGUUGGCACGCUGCAGUCACCUGGUGCCAUUUACGCUGCCUCCAAGCUGGCCUACUUCGACAAGAUGAAGAAUGAAAUGCCCAUGGCAGUCCCAAAGACAACCGCGGAGACCCUAAAACACAAGAUUAACCCUUCAGCUGGAGAGACCGCCCCCCAAGCUGUUGAUGUCUUGCUGUAUACUCCAGGGCGCCUCGACCCUGCAGAGAAAGUUGAAGAUGCACACCCCAAGUUGUGGUGCGCGCUGAGUGAGGGCAAAGUGGUCGUGUUUGACGCCUCCUCCUGGACCAUUCAUCAGCACUGCUUUAAAGUGGGGGCCUCCAAAGUGAACUGUAUGGUGUUGGCAGAGCACAGCCAGGUGUGGGUCGGCUCUGAGGACUCCGUCAUCUACAUCAUCAACGUCCACAGCAUGUCCUGCAACAAACAGCUGACGGAUCACCGCGCUGCGGUCACCGGCUUGGCCGUGCAGAAUGGAAAGAAGCCCAGCGAGGUCUACUCCUGUAGUCUGGAUGGGACAGUCCUGGCGUGGAACGUUAGCACACUUCGAGUGACCAGCCGGUUCCAGCUGCCGUAUGGUGACCUCACGUCCAUCAGCCUGCACAGUGACCGCCUGUGGUGCUGUACAGGCCGCAGCAUCAUGGUGGUGACUCUGCAGGGUUUCGUUCGUCGAGAGCUGAGGAUUGAUAACUCUAACGAGGCACUUGUCUCCUUCCUGGCCUUCCAGCUUCUGCCUGAGAAGGAGCAGCUGUGGGUGGCCUGCACGGGGGGCAGUGAGCUGUAUAUCUGGAGCCUGAAGGACCUGGGCCAGCCUCCUCAGAAGACCCACUUGCAAGACUGCACAGAGGUCAGCUGCAUGAUCCGUGUGAAGGGGCAGAUCUGGGUAGGUGGCAGGGGACUGUCUCAGGGAAAAACCAGAGGGAAAAUCUACGUGAUGGACGUGGAGAAGAUGACGGUAGAAAAGGAGCUGGUGGCACACUUGGACACUGUGAGGACCCUGUGCUCUGCCGAGGACCGCUACGUACUAAGUGGAGCAGGCCAGGAGGAGGGCAAGAUCGCCAUUUGGAAAGUUGAGUGAAAGCUACGUGCUGAGCUGGUGUGCUCUGCAAGAGGAUGCCCCCAUCACACAGUUUUGUCAGUGGCCAGAUGGGGCCUGUUGUCUGCUCCCAAAGGCCUUCUUCACCUUGGGUGAGCAGCUACAUCUUAUUGCUGAUAGCCUCCACUGUGAAGUUACCUCACGUUACCUAGAAACCCUCAGAAUCCACAACUUGGAGCCAGCACCACAGCUGCCAACUUAGCUGAAUCACAUGUGACCUGGAGUCCGAGUGACUGGCCUCUCCUCUUCAUUGACUCUUCAUUUGUUUGCUCUGCAAACACUUAGGCAAUGGCUGGUGUGUAACCAUCAGCCAAAGAGCCUUUCAGGUUUCCACGGACUUCCUGCUUCCAGGGAGGCUUCUGAGCAUUUGAGGGUAAAUUCUGACAGAACUGGCUGGCCCUGGCCAGGCUAUCCCACUUUAGGGAUGGUGACCAAGGCCUGCCUCAGAGAGGGGCCAGAACUGAUCACGCCUGUCUGUGCAGAAACUGGGCAGCUGAGUGGCUCUGUCUCGGCAUUCGGGUUUUAAUGAUGAAGAGACCAACGACUGCUGACAGGAAGUUCAUCCCAGAAGCACACACAUGAGUAACUGCCUUGCUGGAUCAUGGCUUGUCUGCACUUGGUGCUUCCCUCAUGUGUACGCGAGACACCUCUCUAUCGAGCUGGAGAGAGCUAUCUGCCGCAGGGACUUAGGCAUGUGUUUACCAUACAUCUCCAACUCCAUUCUGGAAGUGUUCUGUGAGGUGUUUUCCGGUGUGGAUGCCAGGCACAGGGAAGAUAUGGCUUGUCUCCCGCAAGCUCUGCAUGGAGCCUUCUGUAUCCCUUGCCUUGGGUUUUCAAGGCAUGUGCGCCACGGUAGAGCCAGUCACUAAGGGGUUGCCAAUGGUCCAUGCCUGUCUCUCAGACCAGGCCAGCGACCCAGAGGUACUUGAACACAUGCAUGGGAAGAUGUGGGUCCAGGCUUGAAGGGUCUGUGCCACUGAUGGCUGGUUCCCUUGAGGUAUGGCUCCCUUGAACGCAGUGCAGAAGAUCUCAGAGCCAUACGCCUCCCUAGAGCCUGGGUGUUCCAGGUGUCCAGAAGGACAAUGCGGCCAGCAGCCAAGGGCACUGGCUCAAACUGUCUUUGUAAAAUUCAAUCAUAAAUACAUUCUAAGUUAUUUAAUGCCAGGCCAUGUAUGACCAGGUGUUUACUUACAGCUUGUGGAUAAUAAACCCUUUUUGUUAAUAAA